AAGCUAUGUGUACUAUAUAUAUAUCAAUAAUUAUCUUGAUACUAACUCUGUAUCUUACUCAAGGCAGGUAUUUUCUAGAGGUUUAGUACUUUGAAAACAGACUCAUUUAUCAGCUAAUUCCCAAGAGGAACACACAAAGAAAGUGAUGUGGGGCAUGGUGUAGUUGCAGAGUACAGACUUUGACUAGGUUGACAUGAGUUAAAUCCAAGCUGUCACUCAGUUACUAUCUGUGACCUUUGUUGGCUCAUUGUACCUUUCUGAGCCUUAAUUUCCUCCUUAUAGUAUGAGAGUAGUAUUUACUGAGCUGGGUUUCUGUGUGUAUUGGAGCUAAUUUGUGUGGAGCACUUAGUAUGGCAACUGUCACAUAGUAGGUCUUCUGUUUCUCUUAAGAUGAUGUAACAAAGUCAUAUAGCAAAUUUGGCCUCCUCGCUGGUUUCUCUGCACUGGUUACUCCAUCCGCAGAGAUGACCGAGAUGGGGUCGAGAGCCCACACCUUUGUGAAAGCAGCAGGGAAGGGAGGGCUCCACUUGUCUCUCCCAGUCUCCUCCUCUUUCCAGAGUGUCCCUCGCUGGGGGUUUGGUGCCCCGUGCAGCUGUGGUUGUAGUCAUUCUUCUCUCAGUUGGAUGCGGUCUCCUUUUUAGGCCUAUGGCUUUGCCUUUUGUAGAUGUAUGAGAUCAAAUCAGAAGGCAGCAUCGCGAAGAAGUUCAACGAGCUUCUGCAGAAGCUGAGCUCACCCCUGAAACCUAGAGUUCCAGAGCACAGUAACAACAAGAUGAAAAAUCUCUCCUACCCAUUCUCCAGGGAGAAAAUGUAUCUGUACAACAUCCAGGACAAGGACACCUUCUUUGAUAAUGCCACCCGUAGCCGCAUUGUGCAUGAGAUCCUGAAGCGCACAGCCUGUUCUCGGGCUAACAACACAAUGGGCAUUAACUCUCUGAUCGCCAACAACAUCUAUGAGGCUGCCUACCCUCUUCAUGACGGUGAAUAUGACAGCCCAGGGGAUGACACGAAUGACAGAAAGCUGCUGUAUCAAGAAUGGGCACGCUAUGGAGUGUUUUAUAAAUUUCAACCUAUUGACCUCAUCAGAAAGUAUUUUGGAGAAAAAAUUGGACUGUAUUUUGCCUGGCUGGGAUUAUAUACAUCAUUCCUCAUCCCAUCUUCUGUAAUCGGGGUGAUCGUGUUUCUUUAUGGAUGUGCAACAAUCGAAGAAGAUAUUCCCAGCAAAGAGAUGUGUGACCAGCAGAAUGCCUUCACCAUGUGUCCCCUGUGUGACAAGUCCUGUGAUUACUGGAACCUCAGCUCAGCCUGUGGUACAGCAAAGGCGAGCCACCUGUUUGACAACCCUGCCACCGUCUUCUUCUCCAUCUUCAUGGCUCUGUGGGCUACCAUGUUUCUUGAAAAUUGGAAGAGAUUGCAGAUGCGACUGGGCUACUUCUGGGACCUGACUGGGAUAGAAGAGGAAGAAGAACACUCCCGGCCUGAGUAUGAAACCAAAGUUCGAGAGAAAAUGUUAAAGGCAAGUGGCAAGUCGGUGGUCCAGAAAUUGGGCACCAAUAUGGCUGAGGAUGAAGAUGAGGUAAGUUGCUGGUGCUUGUUGCUCGCCAUCUUCUUCGUUUCUGAAGGUGCUUUGUCAUUUCAUUUGGAAUGCCUUCAUCAGAGACUGGGCUGUGAGAAGAGGUUGACAGGAGUGGGACAGGAGGGGAUGAUUCAUGACACAUUCCGUUGACCUGCACUCAGAGCAGGCUUUUGCCAUGACUUGAUUUGUCUCUCUUUCUGGAUGGUGGUGUCUGGCCAAAAUGGGAGAGUAGGUUGGAGAAGAAAGAAACAGUUUCAGUGCAGGACUGAAUCACCUAAAUACCUAAUAAUGAUAACUACCACCAUACUAACUAGCACAAUGGCAGUUAACCCUUGUCGAAUGCUUGCUCUAGGCUAGAUGCCAUUCUAAGUGCAUUAUAUUAUCUUAUUUUCAUGGUAAAUUUAUGAUGCUGGCAUUCUUAUUAGGCAAAUGAAAACUAAUGACAAAAGUUAUGUUCAUAGCUUAAGUCAGUUGCCAGAAAUCACCCAGCCAGUAAAUGGUGAGUAGAUCUGGGAUUCUGUACAUCUCUGACGGUCUGUGCAUCUAACCACUACAUGCAAUACUGCCCUUCGAGUGCAGUGAAGAAGUCCAAGCAAGACAUGGCUCUUAGGGCCAGCCGAGGCAAAUUCAUGCCUGUGUUCACUUGAGCUACUCAUAUAAAGUUCCUUACAUUUCAUUUUAUCUGGGUGGGCUUUCACAAGUAGGAAUGUGAUGGUGAACAUGUCUUCCGAGUCCUAUUUCUGAGUUUUACGGUGGCAUUCAGACAUUAAAACAGAGCUUCAGAAUCUGUGCUGUGAUCUGUAAAUACGCAUAGUGUGUGUGAGCUGGGGGUACAGUGUGGGGGGCUCCUCUUUGGCAGUGCCUGUCUUCUCUGAGUGCCACCCUUCUUUGAAACUGUGUGUGUGUGUGUGUGUGUGUGUGUGUGUGUGUGUGUGUGUGUUUAUGUCUUUCCUAAUCUGGUUCCUGAAAAAAAUCAACAAGAUUGGAAAUCUGUUGUUUUUGCAUGUGUCUUUUCUCCAUCUUGGCUUUGAAUUCAAAUUUCAUUUAAUUUUACAUUCUUAAAGUUGGAACCAUUCAUGUUAACAUGCAAAUUUAUUCAAGCACCAAAACAGAAGAAUGUGGUGUUUUUGAGGCCAGAACACUGGCUUUUUUCUUCUUUCUUUCUUUCUUUCUUUC